CAAGGGUUCAUGGGUAGCGUAUUUACAAAGGAGCCUCUCUGCCAGCCCGUGCCACCGCUGCUAAUGAGAGCGGUCAUUAAGUAAAUGAGAUGUCGCCUUUAGCUGGCUUAGGAGUUCGCACACUGAGGGGAGAAGAUAUUUAAUUGAAACCCGCACCCAGGCUUCCCCACAUGUGACGCGUAGGAGGCAGCUGCCGGCCCCUCCUCCCCCGUCCACCCUGCACCCCCCCAUGUAAAUUUCAUGAUUGCUUUCCGUGAUGUCAUUUUGAAAGAGGACAGACAAUAGCUGUGGGGAAAGAACAUGAGUUCCGGGGUGAGCUGCUGAGUCAGAGGUGGACACACGGAGACAAGGCCAGCAACUGCAGGACCUCGAGGCUCCUGGACGGACGCGGCAAGAUGAGCUUGGAGAACGAGGACGCACGAGCCCGCACCCGGUCCAAGGCCCUGCGAGCACCCCCAGAGCCCGCAGGGGCCGACCUCAGCUGCCCCACCCCGGGAUGCACGGGCUCGGGACACAUCCGCGGCAAGUACUCCAGGCACCGGAGUUUGCAGAGCUGCCCUCUGGCCAAGAAGAGGAAGCUGGAGGGCGCCGAGGCCCAGCACCUGGUGUCCAAGCGGAAGUCGCACCCUCUGAAGCUGGCUCUGGAUGAGGGCUACGGCGUGGACAGCGACGGCAGUGAGGACGCCGAGGUGAAGGGCGGCUCUGUUUCAGAUGGAUCGGAAGGAGCUCCGGAGGAGGAGGAGGCCGAGCUGUCCGGACAGGAGGAGAUUCAUCACCCUGGGCCAGCGGAAGGAAGGAGCCCCGUCCAGUCUCAUUUUGGGUCCAGCCUCAUCGGCAGCCCCACACACUCCUCCAAAGGCAGCUACAUCAGCUAUCGGGAAACCAUUGCGACUUCUCUCCUAAACCUGGGCCAAGUCUCCGAAGAGACGCUGGUCAGGGAGGGCUCGGACCAAGAAGCCGAACCCGGCAGCACCGUGCACCUGGUUCCGGAGGAAGAUGAAGGGGCCACCAGCGACGAAGGGGAGAAGGACGUCUUUGUUCAGCCGGAGGACGCAGAGGAGGUCAUCGAGGUCACCAGCGAGCGCUCCCAGGAGCUCUGUCCCCAGGCCUCGGAGGGAGUGGCCAGUGAGGAGUCGAGCCAGCAGAAAGUCUCCCUCAGCCACGCGGAGGAAGAGGAGGAGGAAGACGAGGAGGACGAGGAGGACGAGGACGAGGACGAGGAGGACGAGGACGAUGACGAAGAGGAGGCCGCUCUCAGUGUGACCUGCCAGGAGGGCGCUCCCCACGCCGCCCCCAGAAAGGCCUCUGUGCUCCCCAGUCCCAAGCCGGAGUACUCGGUCAUAGUGGAGGUGCACUCCGACGACGGCAAGGACGAGGACUCGCGCUCCCAGAAGUCUGUGGUGACGGACGAGUCGGAGAUGUACGACAUGAUGACCCGGGGCAACCUGGGCCUCCUGGAGCAGGCCAUCGCCCUGAAGGCCGAGCAGGUGCGGGCUGGGAGCGAGCCCGCGGAGCAGGGCACAGGCGAGUCGGUGAAGGUGGGCAGGCCCCUGGAUGCCACGCGGAAGGCCUACUGCAGCAAAGAUUCCUCAAGAGCAGAGAAACGUGAGAUUAAGUGCCCGACGCCAGGCUGUGACGGCACCGGCCACGUGACUGGGUUGUACCCUCACCACCGCAGCCUGUCUGGCUGCCCCCACAAGGACAGGAUUCCUCCGGAGAUCUUGGCCAUGCACGAGAACGUGCUCAAGUGCCCCACGCCCGGCUGCACCGGCCAGGGCCACGUGAACAGCAACCGCAACACACACAGAAGUUUGUCCGGGUGUCCCAUUGCUGCUGCAGAAAAAUUAGCCAAAUCUCACGAGAAGCAACAGCCGCAGACGGGAGAUCCUUCCAAGACAGGCUCCAAUUCAGAUCGGAUCCUCAGACCCAUGUGCUUUGUGAAGCAGUUCGAGGUCCCUCCAUACGGAAGCUGCCGGUCCAGUGUGGCCCCUUCCACGCCCAGGGCCAACCUGGCCAAGGAGCUGGAGAAGUUCUCCAAGGUCACCUUCGACUACGCAAGUUUUGAUGCUCAGGUGUUUGGCAAACGCAUGCUUGCCCCAAAGAUUCAGACCAGCGAAACCUCACCUAAAGCCUUUAAAUGCUUCGACUACUCACACGACGCCGAGGCCGCACACAUGGCCGCUACCGCCAUCCUGAACCUCUCCACGCGCUGCUGGGAGAUGCCUGAGAACCUCAGCACGAAGCCACAGGGGGCCCCCAGCAAGUCCGCGGACAUUGAGGUGGAUGAAAACGGGACCCUGGACUUGAGCAUGCACAGGCACCGCAAGCGGGACGGCGCGUUCCCUGGCGGCGGUGGCGGUGGUGGCGGCGGCAGCCCCGGGGUGAAGUCUCCCGACGCCUCCCAGCGCCAGAGCAGCACCAGCACCCCCGGCAGCUCCAUGACCUCACCCCAGUCCAGCCAGGCCUCCCGCCAGGAUGAGUGGGACCGGCCCCUGGACUACACCAAGCCCAGCCGCCCCCGAGAGGAGGAGCCUGAGGAGUCAGAGCCAGCAGCCCAUUCUUUUGCUUCUUCUGAAGCAGAUGACCAGGAAGUGUCGGAAGAGAAUUUUGAGGAGCGGAAGUACCCCGGGGAAGUCACCCUGACCAACUUUAAGCUGAAGUUUCUCUCCAAGGACAUAAAGAAGGAGCUGCUCACCUGCCCCACCCCCGGCUGUGACGGCAGUGGCCACAUCACCGGGAACUAUGCCUCCCACCGCAGCCUCUCUGGUUGCCCUCUUGCUGACAAGAGCCUCAGAAACCUCAUGGCUGCCCAUUCUGCUGACCUCAAGUGCCCCACGCCCGGCUGCGACGGCUCCGGCCACAUAACAGGGAACUACGCUUCGCACCGGAGCUUAUCAGGCUGCCCUCGCGCCAAGAAAACUGGACCCAAAGUGACGCCAACGAAGGACGACAAGGACGACCCCGAGCUGAUGAAGUGCCCGGUUCCAGGCUGCGUGGGGCUCGGUCACAUCAGCGGCAAGUACGCCUCUCACAGAAGCGCGUCAGGCUGCCCGCUGGCUGCCCGCAGGCAGAAGGAGGGCUCCCUCAACGGCUCCUCAUUCUCCUGGAAGUCGCUGAAGAACGAGGGGCCCACCUGCCCCACUCCUGGCUGUGAUGGCUCCGGCCAUGCCAACGGGAGCUUCCUCACUCACCGAAGCUUGUCCGGCUGUCCUAGAGCGACCUUUGCUGGAAAGAAGGGAAAACUCUCAGGGGAUGAGGUUCUUGGCACGAAGUUUAAGACAAGUGACGUGCUGGAGAAUGACGAGGAGAUCAAGCAGCUGAAUCAGGAGAUUCGAGACCUGAACGAGUCCAAUUCAGAGAUGGAGGCCGCCAUGGUGCAGCUGCAGUCUCAGAUCUCGUCCAUGGAGAAGAGCCUGCAGACCAUCGAGCAGGAGAACAAGCUCAUUGAGGAGCAGAACGAAGCCCUGUUCCUGGAGCUGUCGGGCCUGAGCCAGGCCCUCAUCCAAAGUCUCGCCAACAUCCGCCUUCCACACAUGGAGCCGAUCUGUGAACAGAACUUUGACGCCUACGUCAGCACCCUCACCGACAUGUACUCCAACCAGGAGUGCUACCAGAACCCCGAGAACAAGGACCUCCUGGAGAGCAUCAAGCAGGCCGUGAGGGGCAUCCAGGUCUAGGCCCUGCCUGCGGAUGGGGCGCCAGGGACCCCAGCUGGGCUCUGUUGUUUACCUCCCUUGCCCUGUCUGCCGGGGAGAUUCCUGAGUCGCAGUGACUUCUAGGUGGCAGCCCAGGCGGCCUCCAGAGGGUUGGUCCCAAGGUGCCUGGAAAUCAGUCUCCCUCAAUGCGCUUGUCAGGGUGGAGGCCUCAACCCCCCGAGCAAGGGCAGAGCAUGAAGUAUUACAAAUUGAUUUAUUUUUGCUUUCUGAAAGUAGUCUGAAGAGCAGCUCGAGUCUCCAGUGGUUCUCAGGGAAGUUUUGGAGUUUGCAGCCAGAGUGUUCCUGUGUCUGUGCGCUGGGAGGGUGUCAGCCCGGAUCACACGCCCGGGCGCGGCUGCUCAGUGAGGCCCGUGUGGCAAGUGUGUUUUCUGUUUUCAGUUCAUUCUGUUUUGUGUUAAAAACCGAAGAAAGUACUGCUCCGGAGGGUAAGUUAGGAAUAGCCUGCAGCUCACCGUCGGCUCAAGGAGUCCAACCUGGGCGUCCCUGAGCGGCUGGCUCCCCAACGCUGCGGACUGGAGCGGCCUGGGGUCAGGCUCCCUCCUGGGGCUGCCUCUUCUAGACCCACGUCUGACUCAGGGCCAGGGCCCCUGACUCUGUGAGCCAGGCUGGGGACCCCUCACUGCUGUGGCACCUGGGUCACGGCUGAGCUCGCCUGGGGUGGAGAUAGCGCCAGCAAGGUCAGGGGUUAACCCUAAUCGGGGACCACCAAGGUUUCACCUCCUUUUAGAUCCAUUCAAGAUGCGGGAAAAAAAGGUAAAUUUUAAUUUAAUGUGUUAAAAACACAAUGUUCCUACAUGUAAAUAGAGUCCAAAUUGAUUGUGACUGCAAUUCCAAGUUAGUAUUUAAAAGUAGAGAAAUUACUCUUUC